AUGGAUCGUAGAUAUUGGCCAUAUUUUGGUGGAUUUGUUGGAGCUAUUGAUGAAGUUCAUUCUCACCAAGAUCAAUGGGUCAGUGAGGACGGUUUCAAGCUACGUCUCUUUCCAUUCUCUUUGGGUGACAAAGCUCAUCAAUGGGAGAAAACUCUUCCACCAAGAUCUAUCACUUCUUGGGACCAAUGCAAGCAGUCGUUUCUUGCCAAGUUUUUCUCCAACUCUAGAACUGCACGUCUGCGCAAUGAGAUCUCUGGAUUCACUCGGAAGAAUGGAGAAACGCUUUGUGAAGCCUGGGAACGCUUCAAAAGUUAUCAGUCUCAGUGCCCCCACCAUGGCCUCACCAAGGAGUCUCUCCUCAGUACUCUUUACCGGGGUGUUCUCCUAAAGAUCCGGAUGUUGCUUGACACUGCCAGCAAUGGCAACUUUCUGAACAAGGACGUCGACGAAGGUUGGGAGCUUGUUGAGAACCUAUCCCAAUCUGAUGGCAACUACAAUGAAGAUUAUGAUAGAACCAUCAGGGCAAGCACAGAACUUGAUGAGAAGUACAAGAAGGAGAUGAAAGUUGUGAAUGAUAAGUUGGACAAGCUAUUGAUGAGCCAGCAGAGGAACAUCCAUUUCGUCUCUGAAGACGACCCUUUCCAGAUUCUGAAUGGGGAGGGAGAACAAUCUGAGGAGAUAAGUUAUGUCCAGAACCAAGGUGGAUACAAUAAGGGAUACAAUCCUUAUAAGCAGAAUCCAAAUGUGUCCUAUCGGAGCACCAAUGUUGCAAACCCCCAGGAUCAGGCACCAGAUCAGGACAUGAAAAACAUGCUUCAGCAACUCCUACAAGGACAAGCAAGUGGCUCCAUGGACAAUGCUAAGAAGUUUGCUGAGUUGACUCAGAGAUUGGACUGCUCAUAUAAUGAUCUGAACAUGAAGAUUGAGACUCUGAAUUCCAAGAUCAAGUAUAUGGAGGGUAAAACUGCUUCUACUUCUGCCCCAAAGCCUGGCCAACUCCCAGGAAAAGCUGUUCAGAAUCCUAAGGAGUUUGCUCAUGCCAUCACGCUGAGGAGCGAAUCAGAAGUCGUACAUGAAGAAGCUCCUCAACCUGCUGAAAAACAUGCUGAAACACCUGCAGCAUCCAAGGAGAAGCCUGCGAGAUACGUUCCCCCACCAUACAAACCACCUCUACCAUUUCCAGGACGAUUCAAAAAGCAGCAAGCAGAGAAGUAUAAGGCUUUAUUUGAAAAGCAAGUGAGAGAGAUUGAGUUGAGAAUGCCAUUGCUGGAUGCAUUCGCACUUGUCCCUCCUUAUCAGAAGUUCCUCAAAGAUUUGGUUAUGGAGAGAACAAAAGAAGUUCAGGGCAUGGCCCCCUAUCUUUCAGCAGAUGCCUAUGUGAUCUUGGAGCUUUUGUGA